GUCUCCCCUUAGACAACGCUUGGGUGAUCGCUCCAAGCAGAAGUUUGGGAUGUAAACAAAAUCACAAAAUCGACGACACUGUGAUGUGACUCAGUGACUAUUUUCUCCAGGAAUAUAUAGAUGUGGCCAGGUCUGAGGCUUGCAGUGUUGCACAGGUCCUGCACCAGAGUGAUGGCGAGACAGUUUACAAGCGGAGGUCAGACAUGUCCCAGCAGGCCUUGUCUCAAUGUCAGCCCAGGUGUGGCAUUGGUGGAUGAGAGGAUCUCAAUCACAGUCAGCAGUCUUCGUCCACUACAGCGAGUGACUGUACAAGCAUGGGUGGAAGAAAGAAAGGCAGUGUUCAGCUCAUGUGGAUAUUUUGUAGCAGACCAGCAUGGACAGGUUGAUAUUUCCCAGCUUGCUUCCUUGGGGGGAACAUAUAAAGGUGUUGACAGCAUGGGUCUGUUCUGGAGUCUGAAGCCUGUUCCUGGAGCGUCCAUGAAGACACGUAUCAUCACAUCAGAUGUGACGACUCCUCUGGUGUUCAAGCUCUCUGUGAUAGAUGACCACAUUCCCUUUGACGACCUCCAGCUGCCCACGACAGUAGUGCUGGCCACAGGGGUGGUAAAGCGUUGGUACAAACACAGUGCUGUGAGGAAGAUUGUGGUACGGGAAGGUUCUCUCAGAGGAGCUCUCUUCUUGCCUGCAGGUGUGGGCCCCUUUCCUGGAGUGCUCGACAUGUUUGGUUCCACCGGAGGACUUGUGGAGUUCCGAGCUGCACUGUUAGCUUCUCAAGGAUUUGCUUCCUUUGCACUUGGCUACUUUGGUUAUGAUGACCUUCCAAAAACAUUGGCUGACCUUGACCUGGACUACUUUCUUGAUGCUGUAGACUGGCUGGCGUCUCAUCCCAAUGUCCAGCCAGGAGGUAUUGGAGUGGUCGGUACGUCCAAGGGAGGUGAACUGGCCUUUGUGCUUGGAAUGUCUUGUGAUAAGGUUAAAGCUGUGGUAAACAUAAGUGGGUCUCCCAUAUUUUCAUUUGCUGAUCUCAAGAAAUCAGGAAAGUCUCAUGUGAAAGCAUUGGAGAUGGACUUCUCUAAAUUGGAUUAUUCUGAUGAGGGUAUUACUACAAGAAAUUCUUUCCAAUAUGACACGUCAACAUUUAUUCCAGUGUGGAAGAAGAAUGCUGCAGUGUUAUACUUGUGCGGUGAAGAAGAUGGCACAUGGAAUACUCAGCAUGCUAAAACGUUCAAGGACAGUUUCCCUGCAGAGAAGAGGGACAACAUUGAAUUAGUCAUCUACCCUAGGACGGGGCACCUCAUAGAGCCACCAUAUAUGCCGCUAUGUAGAACCUCCUAUCACAGAGUUCUCGACAUGGUUCUUGUGUGGGGAGGACAACCUGAAGCUCAUGCUGCAGCCCAGGAGGAUGCCUGGAAAAGAAUCCUCCACUUUCUCCACAAGCACCUGCCACAGGAGCAUCACACAUCUAGUCGAUUAUAGCUGAUAGCUGUUUUGCUCUUCUGAAACAUGGGGAAGAAAUGUUACAACUGUUUUCCAGUUUAUUUUAUUAGGGUACAUUUGCAACCAGUCAUUCAGAAAGUAAGCACAUGAUUUGCAUACACACUGGCUUCUUUGGAGUUACACUUUCAAAAAGUCAUAUGUUGUUUUUCCUGCUUACAAGAGGAUUGGUUGGACUUCAGAAGAACUCAGGGUCAAAAGCCGGUUAUAUACGGCUUGUAUCUAGGACUCUUAGGUCCAUGUCUGUGUCACAAGCCCAUGAUGGUACAGAGCUUUAGAAACAGAGAUUUUAUACUUUAUCCAAUGUGUAUUUUAUUGUUGUGUUUGAUUUAAUGGGUCUUUUUAAUUGCAGUUAUUGGACAUGAGGGUUGUGUAGAGGAUGACUCUGUAUAUUUUCUACCAACUGAUGAUUCAGCCAUAAUGAUUCUUUUUAAUUCCAUAGAAAAUGAAAAGAUAUGAUUGUCAAUAUGAAAGGAAAAUGGCUGAUGGAAUUGUGCAGUAAGUUUAACAUCCACAUGCCAAUUGGCAGAUUAACAAACAAUCAACAGUCUUACACAAAUAAGAGUGUUUUAAGUUAUUUUAAGUCUCCAAGACAAGAGGGAUGUAUGGGAUGCGAAUUCCUGGGUCCUAUACUCAUGAAAAUUGACAAUGGACGCAACAAAAUUGAUUUGACCAUCCACAUGGAAGCAGAAAAAGUCCAAAUACUUUUUGUAAAAAUUUCCAUCAAGUAACCGUAAGUUAUCACUGAGUUUGUUACUAGCUGGGUUAUAGUAUAUAGUGUUAUAGGAUCAUUUGAUAUUCUGGGUUGGUGAGCAUAAAUAACUUGUACUGAGGUUUUAGCUCCCAACAGUAAAUUGGUCACAGGCCAUGUAGAAUAUCCUGAAAAGAUAUGGAAAAAUUAAAUUGGUCGACUCUUCCUUUCAUGGAAAGAAUAUGUGUUUUGAAUCAGUGACCCAAAAAACUAUAUUGUCUCUAACAACAUGUCAUAGUCCCCAUCUUUGAAGAAAUAAACAUGUCGGAUCAGUGUAAAUGUCAGUAAGCAAUUUGGUCACGAUGGCUUCAGGGUUUGUGCAGUGCUUGGAUGAUAACAACUUGAUACUUCCAUCUCUGAGGGGCGGUGGGGUAGCCUAAUGGUUAAAGCGUUGCCUCGUCAUGCCGAAGACCCGGGUUCGAAUCUCCACAUGGGUACAAUGUGUGAAGCCCAUUUCUGGUGUCCCCUGCCGUGAUGUUGCUGGAAUAUUGCUAAAAGCGGCGUAAAACCAAACUCAGUCAGUCAGUCAGUCAGUCCAUCUCUGAGCUGGAGUUUUUAUCUUAUCCUGACCAUCAGUUAUGGUUUAUGAUUAUCUAGCAGCUGUUCUAAGAAUUAGCUGUUAUCCUGUGGUAAAUAUUCUUUCAGGAGGGGCAGAACCUUUUUCAUAUUGUAAUGAUUGGCCUGCCCCCAAGCCUGCCUUCUUGUCCAUUUCACCGUGUGUUCUACUUGUGCGAAAUUGCUCAACAAUAAUUCAGCAGUCUUCAGACAUGAACAUUGUCUCAGCACAUGUGCCACUGAAAUUUCGUCUUUGAUUGAGGAUAUCUCUGGAUCACGUACAAAGUGUUUCAAGUCGCCUCAAUGUUCAUCAGACAUAUCAUGAUCAUACUCAGGUGCAUUCAAUAUCUACAGGACGCCACAUUCAAUGAUACAUUCAGGUGUCACGUGCCAGUAAUGCUCAGUGAUCAGUCUACUGCAACUGCAGCUUCACCUCCAUUUUUGUCUGCAGAAUUGUCAGUUAUGUAACUACCAUGUAUUAAACUGAAUAUUACUUAAAAUAUCAAAGCUGAUGUGAUCCAGUAGUUUUGUUGAUAUUGAAUUAUAUUACACAGUAAAGCAGUAAAA